UCAAGUUUCUUUGUGUUGUUAGAAGAAACAUGGUUACAGCUUACAAAGUAUAAACCCUCACAAGUCACAAGAUUCGCAAACCCCAAUUCCCGUACGGCCGUAUCCACCACUGUAACAUGGAGGAGCCGCCGACCCAAAGCUUUCUCUACGAAACCCUACCCGCCCUCUCUCUUCCCACCCCCAACCAAUCUCCGCCGCCGCCCGAGGACCUCGAACCCUACUCCGUUUUCCGCAACGAAAUUACUCUCUCCACUCCCCAAUGCGCUCCUGUCGACACUGCCGCCCCCGAUUUCUUCUCCCUCGACGUUGCCGCCGAUGAACCAGACCCAAUUCGUGCCUCCUUGUCUUCUGUCCGCCUAGCCGAGCCAUGGCCGCCGCUUCACCAAUCCGAGCCCACGACGCCGGCUCCUCAAGAGCCGAAGCUCGAGAGCGGGUGGUUUCGCGGCCAUUGUAAAUUCAGGAGCCCUAUGCUUCAGCUUCAUAAAGAGAUUGUGGAUUUCUGUGAUUUUCUGUCUCCAACUCCAGAAGAACAAGAGGCACGCAGUGCAGCAGUAAAACGGGUCUCGGACCUUAUCAAAUAUAUAUUUCCUCGGUCCAAGGUUGAAGUUUUUGGGUCCUUCAAGACGGGGUUAUAUCUUCCCGCUAGUGAUAUUGAUGCUGUCAUUAUGGGGUCAGGCGUCAAAACACCACAGGAAGGAUUGAAGGCCCUUUCUAGGGCAUUGUCACAGAUGGGAUUGGCAAAAAGGAUACAGGUGAUUGGAAAGGCUCGUGUACCCAUUAUUAAGUUUGUAGAGAAAACAAGUGGCAUUGCAUUCGACAUAAGUUUUGACAUAGAAGGUGGACCAAAAGCUGCUGAAUUUAUUCAGGAUGCAGUAUCUAAGUGGCCUCCUUUGCGGCCUUUAUGUUUGAUUUUGAAAGUAUUUUUACAACAGAGAGAGCUAAAUGAGGUAUACUCUGGUGGAUUAGGUUCCUACGCUCUCCUUACAAUGAUCAUGGCAAUGUUGCAUAGCCUCAGGGAAUGUCGACCUCCGGAACAAAACUUGGGAGUUCUUUUGGUAAACUUCUUUGAUUUUUAUGGACGCAAAUUGAACACUUCAGAUGUUGGUGUAUCGUGCAAUGGCGCAGGCACCUUUUUCAAAAAGAGUGUAAAAGGGUUCUUAUCCAAUGGACGACCUUUUCUUCUUGCCAUUGAGGACCCCCAGGCACCGGAGAAUGACGUCGGGAAGAACUCCUUCAACUAUUUUCAGAUUAGAUCAGCUUUUUCAAUGGCUUACACUACAUUGACAAACCCUAAGGUCAUUAUGGGCCUAGGGCCAAACAGGAGCAUUCUCGGUACUAUAAUUAGGCCUGAUUCGGCAUUGGUGGAACGCAAAGGGGGGCCUGGAAUGGUAACUUUCAAUAGCUUGCUUCCUGGAGCAGGGGAGCCAGUUCAGCUAGAACAUGAUCCACAGGAGUUACUGGGCAAUUGGCAAUUUGAUGAUGGAGAUGAUCCCCUGCCACGGGGACAUGAUUCUGCUGCAGGUGACAGUGGGCAAUCAUCAGGAAAAAAGAGAAAAGCUUCUUUUAAAGAAAAUUCCGGUAAGAAGGGCAAGGAAUAUGGGGAGGUGGGGAAGAAGAUCAGAUAUGAAGAAAAUGGCUCUAGGAGAGAGAGGAGCAGGCAUGAGGAAAAUGGAUCAAGGAAAGACAAGGGAAAAAAGAAGAUGAGGAGACGGAGACAUUCCCAAGAUGGUGCCAAUAGUUUUGGUCCUUAUGGUGGUGCAUGGACUCGGUAGAAUCCUUCUCGUGCCUGUAAGUUGCCAUGUUCUUGAGGUGGCUGAUUUUCUUUUCCACUGCUAGUGGAGGUCCGAUGAGCUUUGCCAUUCAUUGACGAAAGACGCUACGCAACAUGCUGCCGUUCACUCAGAAUGGAAAUGCAGUACUGAGUUAGGCUUCUGUUAUCUGUGCUGACAUUGACUGCUCAUUUACAGCAUUUACAUGCAUAACCGGCGUGUGUUGAGCUUCCGAUGAGUUACUUACCAUACCCGCAAUGCAGAACAUUGAAAUAUGUUCUGCAGGGGAGACUAUUCAUUUUUCGACAUGGUGCAGUGAUCCGAGUGUAACAUGUAGCCCGUUGAGUUGCCUUUUCUUUUCGCUCGGAAAUGUAACAGAAACUUAAUAUUAUGUUGUUAAUUCUUACUCAAUGGAAAGAUAAAUUUAACGCCGUUA